ACGCACACACGCACACACACACACACACACACACACACACACACACACACACAUGGUCAGGGGGAGGAUUAGAUCCUCACAACAUCGAUCAGCUGUUUCACAGAUAAAGCUCUGAAGCCGGAUUUAGGUGUGUGGAGAUGUCCAGCCGUCAUCGUGUGUCUCCGGUCUCUGAGCUGUCUGUCUGCAUGCAGAGUCUCCGGUGUGAAGACAGCAGUUUGACCCCCCAGAGACACCUUGAUCUGACGCCGGAGCUGAGCAGCUCAGACAGGGGGCAACUGUCAGGACAGCACACACCAACAGUGAGCAGCAGGAGGAUGAGGACAUACAGAGGAGUGUCGUCACCUGAACAGACCCCCAACACGCGUGGAUCACGGCCAUGCAGCCUGAGACGUGAGGACCAUGAAGGUGUUGAGGACAACAAGGAGAACUCCAGCGUGCGGAAGAGAGUGAGAGUGAGACUGUUCAGCUCGUCCAGUCCUGAAGAUCAGCUGCAGUCUGGGAAAAGAAGUAAGAGAAAAUCCCUCUCUUCACCAGCAGAGGGCGAACAGGAGACGCCUGAUCCAGAGUCACUGAUGCUGUUCCAGAGACUGAGAUCCAGGAGAAAUCCAUCACACACACUCAUCCCCUUCAGUGCUGUCACUGAUCACUGCCUCAUAGGAGACUUCAGCAAUCAUCACGUGCUUCCUGUGGAGAAGGUGAACCAUCAGGAUCUUCAUUGUGUUUCAGCUCAAACAGUGUCGUCGUUGAUCAGAGGUCAUUUCAGUGCUGUGGUGGAAGACUUCCUCAUCAUCGACUGCCGUUACCCGUACGAGUAUCACGGAGGUCACAUCAAGGGAGCAGUGAACCUGUACACCGAGUAUCAGAUCCACCAGGCUUUUCUCCAGGGCUUAUCCACCACACAGGUGUCUCCAGCUGCCCAUCGUGCCCCAGGAGAGGCUUCAGUGCUCACAUGGGGCAGCAGAGGGGUGACACCGGGGUCUGGUGGUCCAGCAGCAAUGGGGUCUGGAGGUCCUGAGGAACCCAGAAAACUCAUAGUGUUUCACUGCGAGUUCUCAUCAGAGAGAGGACCACGGCUUUGUCAGUAUCUGAGAGAGUUGGAUCGUGCAGUGAAUACUCAGACAUACCCUCAUUUACUGUACCCUGAACUGUACCUACUGCAGGGGGGCUACAAGAGCUUCUACUCCCUCUGUCCGGAGCUGUGUGAACCACAUGGAUAUGUCCCCAUGCGUCACAGGGAUUUCAGAGAACAGUUUCAGUGUUUCAGCAGGAAAAGGCAUCAGUAUUGUCGCAGACGUCCAAUCAGAGCGCAGCACAGGACAUCAGACGUUUAACACUAACUGAGAACCAACUAUAAUGAACUGGACAUAACCAGUAGAAACGAGUGACUGACAGUUAGUGUGGCGUGAU